CGUGAGGGUUUUUGUUUAUUUGUUUUUUAAUUGCUACUUCUUGGCCCAUUCCAGGCAAACUAAACCUGAAUCUCAAGGAUAAGAGAUCGGAAAGAAGAAGAGCAAGACCAAAGAACACCUUAUUUCCAUCUUUAUCGGCUCACAGCUGUCUAAGCAAGAAGAGACAAUGGAUCCAGUUGUGGUCCUGGGGCUCUGUCUCUCCUGUUUGCUUUUCCUUUCACUCUGGAAACAAAGCUCCAGGAAAGGGAAGCUGCCACCUGGUCCCACUCCUCUCCCUAUUAUUGGAAAUAUCCUGCGGUUAGAUGUUAAGGACAUAAGCAAAUCCUUACUCAAUCUUUCAAAAGUCUAUGGUCCUGUGUUCACUCUGUAUUUGGGCUUGGAGCCCACUGUGGUGCUGCAUGGAUAUGAAGCAGUGAAGGAAGCCCUGAUUGAUCAGGGAGAGGAGUUUUCUGGAAGAGGCAGUAUCCCAAUAGUUGAAAGAACUAAUAAUAAAAGACAUGGAAUAGUGCUCAGCAAUGGGAAGAGAUGGAAGGAGAUGCGGCGCUUUUCCCUCGUGACCUUGAGGAAUUUUGGCAUGGGAAAGAGGAGCAUUGAAGAUUGUGUUCAACAGGAAGCCAGCUGCCUUGUGGAGGAGUUGAGAAAAACUGGUGCCUCACCUUGCAAUCCCACUUUUAUCCUGGGCUGUGCUCCCUGCAAUGUGAUCUGCUCCAUUAUUUUCCAGAAUCGUUUUGAUUAUACAGAUCAGAAUUUUCUUAACUUGUUGAAAUUAUUGAAUGAAGCCGUCAGUAUUAUGAGCUCCCCAUGGGUGCAGAUCUGCAAUGCUUUUCCUGCUUUAAUGGAGUAUUUCCCAGGGAGUCAUAAUAAAUUAUCUAAAAAUUUUACUUAUACAAAAAGUUAUCUUUUGGAGAAAAUAAAAGAACACCAAGAAUCUCUAGACAUUAACAAUCCUCGGGACUUCAUUGAUUGUUUCCUGAUCAAAAUGGAACAGGACAAGCACAAUCUACAGUCUGAAUUUACUACUGAAAAUUUGAUAAACGCUGUAUUUGAUUUAUUUUCUGCUGGGACAGAGACAACAAGCACCACCUUGAGAUAUGGACUCCUGCUUCUGAUAAAGCACCCAGAGGUCACAGCCAAAAUCCAGGAAGAGAUUGACCGCGUGAUUGGCAGACACCGAAGCCCCUGCAUGCAGGACAGGAGCCACAUGCCCUACAUGGAUGCUGUGGUGCACGAGAUUCAGAGAUACAUUGACCUCAUUCCCACCAACUUGCCUCACGCAGUGACACAUGAUAUAAAGUUCAGAAACUACCUCAUCCCCAAGGGAACGACCAUAUUAACAUCCCUGACUUCUGUGCUGCAUGAUGAGAAAGAAUUCCCCAACCCAAGGGUGUUUGAUCCUGGCCACUUCCUGGAUGAGAGUGGCAACUUUAAGAAGAGUGACUACUUCAUGGCUUUCUCAGCAGGAAAACGGAUUUGUGUGGGAGAGAGCCUGGCCCGCAUGGAGCUGUUUUUAUUCCUGACCACUAUUUUACAAAAAUUUACUCUGAAAUCCGUGGUUGAUCCAAAGGACAUUGACACCACUCCAGUUGUCAAUGGGUUUGCUUCUGUGCCACCUUCUUAUCAGCUUUGCUUCGUUCCUGUAUGAAGAAGGGCAGACCAUUUGGCUGCUGAUGGGCUGUCAUCUGCAACUCCUGAAGGAGGGGUCCUUCAAGAUAUUGUUCACCUCCUUCCCACUUCAUCCCUUUCCCUGAAAUGCCUUCUCUAUCCCCUCCUCUCUCCAUUACCCUCUUCCCUCAACAUUAAGUGAACAUUCAAAUUCUAUUAAGGAAAAUUUCUUUAUUUUAAUGGCAAAAACAUAUGCCUUCUAUUCAUCAUACUGUGUAACACUUGUAUUGACCACCACAGUCAUUAAUACUUAUUUGAGUUGUUACUAUGCUAUCAAUACUAAACAGCAAAACAGUUUCAGCCAGUUUUAUGGAAAUUUAUUUGACAUAUUACACUGUGUAAGUUUAAGGUGUACAACAUGAUGAUUUGAUAUAUUGCAAAUAGCUUAC